CUCCCCGACGCCACCGCGGUGGCCCUGGCGGCCAAGUGCCAGGUGCACCGUUGGGAGGCCGACGCCAGCGGCGGCCUGCGGAUCGCGCGCGGGCGUCGCGCGCUGCAAGCGAAUAUUGCUGCGUCGGGCCAGGUCGUGCAGCUGGCCACGUGGUCGGGGUGGUACGAGAACAGCUUCACCUUGAACCUCGACGCGGCCCACUCCAGCCGCGAGUCCUGCGCGGUGGCGGCGGGCCUCUCGGUCGCCCGGCUGCUGCAGGGUUCGUCUGCUGAGCAGGCGCCCUGGUCGCAGUGGCAACGGCGUUGCCGCCAGAUGCUGACGCGGCCCAGCCAG